UGUCUGAAGGAUCCUUCAACCUCAUUUCUGAACAAUGGGAGAGUCUGGAACACAGAUGUGUACUUUUACUUUGGAACCUUUACUAUGAACCAUGGAGGACAACAGUCCAUUUCUGACCCCUGAGUACAAUGACAGCACCACCGUGUGGGCGCUGAUGCCAUCAGCUCCCAGCAGACAGCUGGGCACCCUUCCCAACCCACAGACACGCUUUAAGGAUUUGACAGGCAUAUUUUUCAUGGUGACCCUGAAUGUUCUGGCACUUCUGGCCAACACUGCUGUUUUGGUUGUUGUCAUUAAAGCACCUCAUCUCAGGAAAUUUGCCUUUGUGUGCCACCUGUGUGCAGUGGACCUGCUGUGUUCCAUCUUGCUCAUGCCCCUCGGGAUUGUGUCCAGCUCUCCGUACUUUGCUGGUGUGGUGUUCACUGUGCUGGAGUGCCAGGUGUACGUCUUCCUCAGUGUAACCCUCAUAGCUGCCUCUAUCUUCACCAUCACAGCCAUCAGUGUGGAGCGUUACUACUACAUUGUCCACCCCAUGCACUAUGAGGUCAAGAUGACGCUGAAGCUGACUGCUGCCGUGAUAGUGAUAGCGUGGGUGGCCUCUGCCGUGCUGGGGUUGUCCACAGUCUUUGGGUGGCAGUCCUACGGAAGCCUGAGCUCCAUCAGUGCAGCACACUGCUCGCUGCAUUGGAGCCACAGUGACCACAGACAAGUCUUCUCGGUGCUCUUUACUGUCACCUGUUUCUGCCUGCCUGCUGUUGUGAUUUUUGCUGUCUACUGUAAUGUGUACAAGGUGGCCCGUAUGGCUGCCCGCCAGCAUGGACCUCUGCCCUUGUGGACAAACAGUCAACUGAAGCAUCGCUCUGACUCAAUAAACAGCCAGACUACCAUCAUCACAACACGCAACGCCCCCCGUCGGAUUAUGCGUGAGCGCACGUUUGGUGGAGGUAAAGCCGCUUUCACUCUGGUGGUUAUUGUUGGCCAGUUUCUGAUCUGCUGGUUGCCUUACUUUGCCUUCCACCUUCAUAUGACACUAGAUCCAUCACCCAAGAUUCCUGAUGACCUGGAGGAUGCAGUCACCUGGCUGGCAUAUUCUUCCUUUGCUAUUAACCCAUUUUUUUAUGGGCUUCUUAACCGGCAGAUCAGGGAGGAACUUUGUAAGGUCAGGCGCUGCUACUCCGCCCGACCACUCGAGCUGGCUGUCUCCAGCCAUGAGGGCUCAGGCAACGAAAACUUCCUGCAGUUCCUCCAUAGGACCAGCUGCACAAUAGAGACACGUGCAAGUUUUGCCAUAUCCAGUCCUCAAAGCACUCUGGAUCAAGCUGGGCAAACUGGUUUCAGGAUACCAGGACAGAUCCCAGAAGAGUUCAAUUAGAUACCUCACUGUUGUGCCACAGCAUUAGUAGCCUGUAGGGAUAUUACCAUUAGCAACAAGAUAAAAAAUGAUCCACAGGGGUUAACAGUAGUGACUGUUGCAAUAUGUCUGUAAACUUUAUUUGCAUACAGUAAAAGCUAAGAUACUGCUCCAAGAAAUAAACACUCGCUUGUUUAUGAUUCUUGACACACUUUUUUUCUUUUUAUCUACAGAAGACACUCAUGCAUGAAACAAUAAUGGAAUAUAAUGCUAAUGGACAUAGUUUCUUAAAUUCAAUUAUUGUUACUGUAUUUGUAGUUAUACUGUUAGUAAUACAUUUAUUUUUAUUGGCUACUAAAGUACAGUCUGUGUUGAUCUGCAAUCAGCACAGCUCUUUUAUUAAAAAGUUAGAAAUACAAAUAUCACAUUAUACUUGAAUAGUAAGUGAUGACAAAAUAAUCAAUACACAGAUCUUAACACUUUCUCAGAAUUUAGGGUUUUACAGUGAGGAUGAGUCAUCUAUUUUUCGUAAGGUAUUUAGACUACUUAUUUUUAUAUGAUGUAUCAAUGUAGCAGCAACAUUAUUUGUUCAAGUUGUUGUAUUUAUGUUGCAGGAAUUUAUGUAAACUGUAUUUAUUGUAUUAUUGAAACAUCACUUUUUGUUAAAAAAUAUAUUGUUUCUUAAUUCUUUAAAUGUGCAAAUGAACACUGAAUACUUUGAUCACUUCUGUAGAGGAAAUAAUCAUACCGUACAUCACAAGGAAUCAAUAUUUUGAC